GGUAUGUGAGGAUCUCUGAACAGCUCCGAAACGUUGUGGUGGAGGAAGGUGAGAGGGCCAAAUUUGUCUGCAAAGUGGAUGUCCAUCCUCUGGAUGAAGAACGGCUUGUGGUCACCUGGAAGUUUGAUGGUCAGUUCUUGAAUCCAGAAGACUCAGGCCGCCUUGUGCAGAAAGAGGAUGGAUCGAAGUUCGCGCUUAUUAUAAGGAACGCAAAGACGAGCGAUACAGGGGCGUAUUCUUGCAUCGCCAGUGUGGGUCUGGAUACAGACAUGUCAACUGCUCAUCUUCAGAUAAAAAGUGCGCCAGACCCACCUACUAAUGUCAAGGUUACAAGUUGUCAUGGCAACUCAGCAGGUUUGUCAUGGGAUCCCGGAAAUGACAACGGAGCAGAAAUUCUGGGAUACACGGUGCAGUUUAACACUUCCGACUAUCCGGAUAUCUGGUUGGUUUUUUUUUUUUUUACUUUGCUAACACUUCAACUGUACCCAUGGGGAACCUAUUCCUUCCGGGUCAAAGCCAGGAACAUUCUGGGAUCCAGCAAACCCAGUGCUGCCACCUCGCGGAUGUGUACGACCCCUCCUGACAGGCCGGAUCGGAACCCCAGUAACGUCAGGACACGGACAGAUGUUAAGAAGACCCUGGUUGUUGAGUGGACGCCGAUGAGCCGACUUUACUUCCACGGCCCCAGGUUCAGGUAUCAGGUGAGGUGGCGGAUGAAGGGAACUUUUACCUGGAACACAGCCUACGUGACCGACCCCAACCAAGGCUUCUUGGACAUUGAGACCAACGACGUCUACACACUGUACGAGCUUCAAGUCAAGGCCGAAAACUCUAUGGGAGAAUCACACCAACCAGCAUUUAUCUACCUUGGACACUCUGGAGAGUCAGAACCUCUCGUCGUGCCGGCAAACUUCUCUCUCAACCCACAGUACAGCAUUGACCCACACACUGCCCAUUUCAUCUGGGACUCAAUUGACCCAGAUCCCCAACUCAUCUGUGGAAAGUUCAAAGGUUAUAAGCUUCGAUACUGGAAGUCCAGCGAGGGUUGGAACAAGAAGAAAGAAGUCGAGAUCGUCCUUGGAGAAGAUCUUCACAACCAUGGACCACAGAUCAAAGUUGCUUUAUCAGAUCUUCCGGCGUAUACCGCCUUGAGAGCUCAUGUGGCCGUGAUGAACUCUCACUACACAGGUCCCUUCAGUGACCUACUAGACUUUUUCACUCCAGAAGGAGUUCCCAGUCCUGUCAGAGAUCUUCGCCUACAAGCAUUUGGUGUCGCCUAUGUCUUGCUCAAAUGGAAACCUCCGCUACAACCCAAUGGUGUCAUUGUUGGCUAUGAUAUCGCUUACCAGCAAGUGCUCGGAAUCCAACUAGGCCAAAUGAGACCUCUCUUGCCGCACAUCAAUGACCCAUCCACACUGGGAGCAAGAAUCACGGGCCUGCAACCUUCACACCGCUACCGGUUUAUUGUGUGGGCCCGCACAAAGCAAGGCCGUGGGGAGCCUUCUUUCGUGGAUAUGAUGACGGCCAAAGGACAACGUAAGCAUCAUACU